ACUCCCAUCCACUGGUUUAGUUUAAUUGUAACAAGGAAUAAGUAAACGAUGAAUAAUCAAUACAAGUUAAUUGUUUGUCUCUUUCUAUUUUUCAAUUUAGGUUCAUCCGAAUCGAACAACCUAAUUGUGAAAACUAAUUGGGGUCUAAUCAAGGGUUUUAAUCAAGUUUUCAAUGGAAUUGAGAUAAAAUCCUACCUUGGAAUUCCCUAUGGACUUCCGCCCGUUGGUCCACUUCGAUUCGCGAAACCCGUUGGCCUUCAUCGGAAUCAUUUUGGUGUUUAUCACGCGAAUAAGUUUGGACCCGCUUGUCUUCAAACUGAAUUAAAUGGAGCAAUUCAUGCACCCAAUUCAACAAUUAGUGAGAAUUGUUUAUUUCUAAAUGUCUGGACUCCGAUUGACGCUUCGCCUUCAAAUGAUGUUCUGUAUCCCGUCUUUGUUUACAUCCAUGGUGCAGCGUUUAUCUUUGGUUCGGCAUCAGGAUCAAGGUCAAGAGGUGAUGUUUUGACCGCUCACACGAAUAUUGUUACAGUUAAUUUGAAUCAUCGACUUGGAGCUACUGGAUUUGCUUACGGAGGUUCAGAUUCUAUUGUUGGUAAUCAAGCAAUUCACGAUGUUUUAUUGGCCUUGAAAUGGAUAAAAUCAAAUAUCAAAGCAUUCGGCGGUGAUCCCGAUCAGGUAACUUUGGCCGGAAUGAGUUCGGGAGCGAUCAUAUCAUCGGCAAUCUUCAUGUCCCCAGCAUUAGAUUCCAAGUUGUUUAAUAAACUUGUCUUAAUGAGCGGAGUUCCAGCAGAGCAAACCAACACCAAAGAUUCAGUUGCAAUGAAAACGUUAACAAAAAGUAUGUCCCGAUCAUUGAAAUGUUCAAAAUACUCGAAAAAAAAUUCAUCCUUUGAUAUAAGAGAAACGAUUUGCUUGAAAACGGUCAAGUCAAAGUUGAUCGCUGAUACAAUUGAAAAUUCUGAUUUCAAUCUCGUACAUGGUGAUCAAUAUGUUUUUCCAACAUCACCAAGUCAAAUAAUCAAUUCGAAAAGUUUUCCCAGCGGCUACAAAAUUCUGGUUGGAACGGAAGCCGACGAGGCAUUGGUUAAACUUAAACCAAAUAGCAUCGCUGAAGCAAUCGACGGUCUAUCGGGACUAUUGAAAACCGCCAAUCUCACAAUGACAUUGAACAUUACCGAUCUUGCGUCUGAAUAUUUCAAAGGUGUUAACGAUUCUGACAUCUCGACGAUUCGUAGGAAGUGCAACGAUUUUAUAUCCGAUUUUAUGUUCCAUUGUCCAUCUCUCUUGUAUUCACUUGCAUUUGCAACCAAUGGUGCGAAUACUGUUCACUUUUAUCGUAACGAUUAUGUGACCUCAUAUUUUACCAAAGCCGCAAGACCUUAUGGUGCAGCUCAUGCCGAUGAUCACAGGAUGUUUCUUGGUGAACCUUUCAGGUCACCAGAAAUGUAUUCGGAUGAAAAUGAUCAGAAAUUAAGUCAAUACAUGAUGAACAUUUUGGCUGAUUUUGUUAAGGGAAAAGAGUUAUUCUGGUCACCAAUUAAGGUCACCGGAAGUCAACCUGAUCAAAUAUCACUUCCAAGAUGGAGGAUACAAAAUAACGAAACUUUUAACAAAGUUGAUCAAGAUGAUGACAGGGAGAUUUGUUUAGAGUGGGCUAAGUAUCUUAAUUUAAAGAUCUAAUUGUACAUUGUCGGUACAGUUGAAUUGAAAACAACGUGACAAAUCAAGAAUAACAGAUUAAAUAACAUUGAAAAGUAAUCACGAA